AUGCCAAUCAAGCUGCCUAAGGGGUUUCAGCGACGGAAAUCUUCAGGCAAUGCCUUGGACGAAGUCCACAAUCCACCCGACUCACAUUCUUCAUUCAGAGUCUUGGACAGGCCGGCGAAUAAGGGGACGGCUUUUGAUGGCGGCAUACACAUGAGAAUGGCCUCAGCCGGAGCACCACGGCCACCGCCGAAAGGCCACGGCGAUCAUGAAGAGGAAGACUUGUUUUCGGCAGUGCGCCAGGACGUGGGCAACAGAGGAAGUGGUGGAACAGAGCGAUCGCUUUCCACGGCUCCUUACGAUAGUGGUGCUUCGAGCACGCGCCUCAGCAUCUCAUCCACGAAUCCGUCUUCGGUGGACACGAGAUCUGACCAGAACGUCCAGGGGACUAGCCAAAAGACGAACAACGACCUUCCCAUUCCGCCAUCAUCCUCGGCCAAACCGGGUUUCUUGCGUAGUCAAGGUCGGACGUUCUCCUUUGGAAUCACGAAGGGCAGUCGGGGCUCUCCCACCUCUUCCCCCGGAGGAGGCCUGCCUGCAUUGAACAACAACAGAAGCCGAGCGGUCACUACGAGCACUGCCAGCACUGCGACACCUCCCCGGCUCUUCGACUCAGACCUAGCACUGGACAAGUCUGAAUUAGACGGCUUUGGUAAUAUGUUCGACCAUAUUGGGUCUAGCCCUGACGCGGCGGCUCCCCGGCUUGAACCGAUGUCGUCCUCCCCGACAACUUAUCCUCCCACCAGCUAUCCAGGUUCAGCCGCUAUGCGUUCGAAUCGAGCACCCGCGCCCAGUCCUAUUCGGAUUGAUCGAGCCCAUGUCGUCGACUCUUCUCCCUAUUCCUGGACUUCUCACGACUCCCGUGAGGGCCUUAUCCGAUCACCUAGUCCCUCCAAAACUAUCACUCAGGGCAGCCCUGCUAUGGAUCACAAAGUAAACUCGGCAAGCCCUCGUCACAGCCCCGUCUCGACACGGUCGACUCUCCCUUCGCGGAAGCCCGUGGCGAAGAGGACGACUUCACAACAGGAGGACAUACCACCGCCGCCCCCGCCGCAUGCGAAACCCGAGGAGGCCAAUCUAUUGGCAACAAGCCCGGCCAAGGAAACUGGACUGUCAUUGUCACCAAGCUCAACUCACAGCGCGACAUUCGAUCCGUCCAUUGCGGCGGACGCCCAAGUGGCCAACCUAUAUCAGGACACCAAGACUGCUCCCCCGAAGCCAGUUUCUUCGACCAAGGUCAUGACACCGGCGCAAUGGGAACAGUACAAGCAGCAGAAGGAGAUGGAUCGCAGAUUGGGGGCCUUGUCUGACGACAGCAGCUCUGAGGACAACGAUGAAGACGAGGACGAGGAUGAGAUAGAGCGCGAUCGUCGAGCUGCAAAGCAACGCCGAAAGCAAGAAGCCCACCUGGCUGUAUACCGCCAGCAGAUGAUGAAGGUGACCGGGGAAAAGGCCCCUUCGCCGAGCAGACCCGACAGUGGUUUGGAGCCUUUGAGGCAUGGCAACGGAAGCUCGAUGGACCUCGACAACCAGUUUGCGCAUCUGAUGGUGGAGUCCAAACAAUCCGGCAAGAGCAGCGGAGAGGAUGAGGAUGAGGACGAAGAUGUGCCACUCGGGAUUCUAGCGGCACACGGGUUUCCAAACAAGAAUCGCCCGCCCACGCGUCUUUCGAAACUGCCUUCGAAUCCCAACCUUCGAAGUGUAAUUCAAAGCCAAGCUGCACCCUCGGUGGUCCAACCGGCCUCAAAGGCCGCCAAUCUGCCCGCUUUCGCACGACAUCUACCUCCGGAUCCAUACUAUGGAGCCAGUCUGGUAAACGCACCGGUGCGUGAGUCUCUAUCCAUUCAUCCUGGCAGUCCUGCUCUGGGCGCUGGUCCCUCGACCGCCCAUCCAAUGCAUCCCGCAGGCCUUGUUGGUGUUAUUGCUGGAGAGGAACGAGCACGUGCCGCAAGGAGAGGUAGCCCGAAUGCGUCGGGAACCUACGAUCCCCCUGGCAUGCCACCCCAUCCCGGCAUGCUACCGAGGUCGCAAACCGCCAGCACCAUGUCCGUCAUGGGCUACCCCGGAGUAAUGCCGGGUAUGCCGGCGCCCAUGAGCCCUGGGGAACAAGCCCAGCUUCAAAUGUCGCAGCAGAUGAGUCAGAUGAUGCAAAUGCAAAUGCAGUGGAUGCAACAGAUGCAGCAGAUGAUGGUUGGGCCGAUGCCUGCACAGCCAGGCAUGCCGCCGGCAUUCGGUCAGCAGAGGCCACAAUCAGUGCAUAUGCAAAAUCCGGGAGCUCCCCCGCCUGCUCAAAGGACUAUGAGUGCUCUCAACCCGGGUAUGGCCUCAUGGAAUCCCAACUCGCCGUUCAUACCAUCCAUCAACAUCAACGGAGGAAACUACGCCCCCUCGAUUGCGCCAUCGGAGCGCAGUAAUAUCGGACUGGCCUCGAGAUACAGGCCGGUUUCAGUUGCCCCUGACCCUGAAGGAUCGUCCACAAGACGUGCUUCCACAUUCACCUCGUCAACUUUCCGGCCAUGGUCGCAAGCGGACAACGCACCCCGCACUCCGAUGCACGGAGCUAAGCCAUCUGUCAACGCAAUCGGCCGCAGGUCACCGCUUGCCAAUCAAGAAGACGAAGACGACGAAGAAGGAUGGGCGGAGAUGAAGAAGAAAAAGGAGAAGAAACAGAAGAACUGGGCUCUCCGGAAGGGACAGAACCCUCUUCAAGAGCUAUAUCCUAAUACCUCGUGA